AAAAAAACAAAUCACACAACUCCACCCGGAAGAUCGACGAUCCUUACUACUCCCCUCCCCUCCCCUCUGCGCCGCCAUUCUGGUCCGGCACAGGUGGAGCAGCACGCCGGCACUUCCCCUCCCGGAGCGGGCUUCUCAGGCUCCUGGUUAGGUCGUUCGCACAGGAUUUGGUAGUCGGAUCUCUUUGCUGCCUUCUUCUGGAGAUUUUUCAGAUCGAACUUGGACUUGACGUCCGAUCAACCAUGAGCGGCCUCUCCCGGCGUUUUCUGAAUCUGAUCGUGCGAAGCCACGACUCAGCCGUUAGAUCGCUGCGCUGCAUCGACCUGAAGCGCCUUCAACUCUUUUAUCCAACGAUACCACCACGAACGCCGCCGCCUACUACCAUGGAGACCUUUGGGCUUCCCUCUCCGAACCCCAACUUCCAGGCCUGCAGCGCGGAUGCUGUGGACCAGCAGGGAAUUGCCUGCUACACACUUGCACAAGGAAAGGUGCUCUGCACGGAUCAGUGUCGGCGCAACUUUCUCUAUGAUGCCAGCACGCACCAAGUGACAACUAUGCCCGAGUUCCACAGGCCUAGGUUGAAUUCCCUCUCGCUCUUCAUCCCCAGUGGCGAAGGCAAAGACAAAGACGACAACGACCGUGGAGAGGGGGCCGACGAAGACCGAUGUGGAGGCGAAGGCAGUCUCUUUCUGAUGGACAAGAUUCUCCAACCGGUAACAAGAGGCGACAUUGGGCACCCAACCGGUGAUCUCGAGGUCUUGUUCUACGGUAAUGGCAAUGGCGGCAUAACGUCGCACUGCAAACUGUUGCCACCACCACCCGCCUACGACUGGAAUGCGCCUUCUAAGAUCGGUUCCUAUGCUGUGGUUGGCAAUGGCUCUCAUGUUUGCAUAUCCGUCAAUGGCAGAGGCACCUAUUUCUUGGACACGGCGAGGCACACAUGGGACAAGGUCGGCGACUGGACUCUUCCCUUCCUUGGCAAGGUUGAGUAUGUGCCUGAGCUUAAACUCUGGUUUGGCAUCUCUGCCUAUGACCAGCAUUUGGCUGCUGCUGACCUCUCCACCACAGACUCCCAGCCACAGCUAGUUCACGGUUGGAAGGAGUUUCAGCCCCCAGAAGAAUGGUUUCAAGUUGGAGACCCUCAACUUGUGAACCUUGGCUCAGGCAGAUUUUGCAUCGCAAGGUUCUUCACAAGUUUCUUUGAAGAUGACUAUGCCCAGGAGGUUUCUGUCUUGACCGGUCUGGAGGUGGUCCUGCGUGAACUCAAUGGCAAUGGUAAAGUGAAACUCGAAAUGGUCCGUCACAAAUCGAUGCGUCACACCUCUAUUCCUGGCUGCCGAAAUUCCAUCCAUUUAGUGUUCUAAUGAGUCUGGGGCUUUGCUUCCAAACUCUCUUAUCACCAUGUGCGCUCUGGAUGAUUCUAGGACAGGACAGUUAAUACUGACUAUGUGUGCUUUUGUAUUUUUCUUUUAAAUUUUAAGGACUUGCAUGUGAAGUCUCAACGUUGACUGUUAAUUUAGUUGCAUGUAUUCUGAUAUAAGCUGGUUUGUGAUGUGAUGUCUGUUCACCACUUUGAGCAAA